GGUAUAAUACUGUCAUGGCGGGGAAGAGCUGUACUGGGGGUAAAUCAGGAAGAGAAAGCGCUGUAAGUGGGUUAACACUGAAAUUUGAACAAGUCUAGCAGUUUUUAGGGAAGGACCGAGUGGAUGACUGCUGUCCCUUGUCGAGCACCACUGGCGCUGUUGCGGUACUUGAGCCACGUUUAGGAGUUCUUGCUCAUGACAGCACUCUACCUGUCAAGCCUGCUGUGACAAUAGCAAGUUCUACUGCUGUAGCCUGGCUGGAUUAGUGAAGAAAUGAAAGUCGCAGGUGCCUCUUAUAUUUUGACAGAGGGGAAGAAGGGCAAGGUCUCUGCGACUUGCCUUUAGAACCAAAUCUUAUUAAGCCGGUCCAUUUUUGUGAACGGUUUUUGAUGCAUUAUUUCAUUCGCCUCCUCAAGUUUCUGACCGGGGGAGAGGAGUUCUGCAUGGAAACGCAGUGACAACUCCAAUGUCGCGGUGUCAUCGGCUAGAAAUCAAACCCUCAUGCUCCUGUGCUUUUCGCGGACUACAAAACAUACUUUGUUGACUCGAAGGCUUAUUUUGGGAACUGUUUUGAAUGGGGAGGGAAAUAUUUUCCUUGUUUACCUCCAGACUGUCGACAUAACUGGAAAGAGGAUACCAUAGAUUUUUUUUCUUUCACCGACUUUCCUGUAUCCCAUUACCGCCUUUGGGGGUGAACAGGUGCCUUACCUGUUACCGCCACCUGUCCUCCUGUAGCAAUGGCUAGCGAGGAGACGCCUGGUGCUGGGCGACCAGCCGGGCAAGGUGAUGGAGCUGCGGCGGUGUCGCUCAACCCUGGGAUCCCAAUCCGAGGAAUCAAAAUGAAAUUCGCUGUCCUCGCCGGCCUGGUGGAAGUUGGGGAAGUUUCCAACCGGGACAUUGUGGAGACCGUCUUCAACCUGUUGGUGGGGGGCCAGUUUGACCUGGAGAUGAACUUCAUUAUCCAGGAGAAGGACAGUAUUGUGUGCAUGGUGGAGCUGCUGGACAAGUGUGAGCCCACGUGCCAGGCGGAGGUGUGGAGCAUCUUCACGGCUAUCCUGAAGAAGAGCGUGAGGAACCUGCAGGCCUGCACCGACACGGCCCUCAUCAACCUGGUCCUGGACCGCGUGGCCCACACUGACAGCAUGAUCGCAGACCUGAUGGUGGACAUGUUAGGGGUGCUGGCCAGCUACAGCAUCACAGUCAAGGAGCUGAAGUUGUUCUUCAGCAAACUGCAAGGAGAGAAAGGCCAAUGGCCUCCCCAUGCGGUGAAGCUGCUGUCUGUCCUGAGGAGCAUGGCCCACCGGAACGGACCUGACUCCUUCUUCAGCUUCCCAGGGAAGAGUGCUGCUGCUAUAGCUCUGCCCCCUAUAGCCAAAUGGCCGUACCAGAGUGGAUUCACCUUCCACACGUGGCUCCGCAUGGAUCCAAUCAACAACAUCAAUGUUGACAAGGACAAGCCUUACCUGUACUGUUUUCGCACCAACAAAGGUCUGGGAUACUCUGCACACUUUGUGGGCGGCUGUUUGAUUGUGACCUCAUUAAAGUCCAAGGGGAAGGGAUUCCAGCACUGUGUGAAAUAUGACUUCAAACCACAGAAGUGGUACAUGGUGACCAUUGUUCACGUCUACAACCGCUGGAAGAACAGUGAGAUCAGCUGCUACGUCAAUGGAGAGCUCGCCUCCUACGGAGAAAUCACCUGGUUCGUCAACACCAGCGACACGUUCGACAAGUGUUUCCUGGGUUCGUCAGAGACGGCGGACGCCGACCGUGUGUUCUGUGGUCAGAUGGGGGCGGUGUAUCUGUUUGGUGAGGCCCUCAGUGCAGCCCAGAUCCUGGCCAUCUACCAGCUGGGGCCUGGUUACAAGGGCACGUUCAAGUACAAGGCUGAGAGUGACCUCCUGUUUGCUGAGCACCACAAGACCCUACUGUACGACGGCAAGCUGUCCUCCGGCAUCUCCUUCUCCUACAACCCCCGCGCCACCGACGCUCAGCUGUGCCUGGAGUCCUCCCCCAAGGACAACGCCUCCAUCUUCGUCCACUCGCCACACGCACUCAUGCUGCAGGAUGUGAAGGCUGUGGUGACCCACUCGGUCCAGAGUGCCAUCCACUCCAUCGGGGGAGUGCAGGUCCUCUUCCCCCUGUUUGCACAGCUGGAUCACCUCCAGCACACCAGCGAUGAACUGGACACCUCUUAUGCGGGUUCUGUGUUGUUGCUCAUGUCCCAGUAUGCGGGUUCUGUGCUGUUGCUCAUGUCCCAGUAUGCGGUAUGUGGUUUCUGUGUUGUUGAUAAUGUCCCAGUGUUUGUGUUUCAGGAGUGGCAGAACUCUAUCCAGAAGAACGCAGGCUUGGCCUUCAUCGAGCUGGUCAACGAGGGCAGGCUACUGAGCCACACCAUGAAGGACCACCUGGUGCGGGUGGCCAAUGAGGCUGAGUUCAUCCUGAGCCGACAGAGAGCCGAGGACAUCCACAAACACGCUGAGUUUGAGUCCCACUGUGCCCAGUACUCGGCUGAGAAGCGUGAUGAGGAGAAGAUGUGCGACCACCUGAUCCGAGCGGCCAAGUACCGCGACCACGUGACAGCCACCCAGCUCAUCCAGAAGAUCGUCAACAUCCUGACGGACAAACACGGUGCCUGGGGAAGCUCUGCCUUCAGCCGUCCUCGGGAGUUCUGGCGCCUCGACUACUGGGAGGACGACUUGAGGCGGCGCCGGCGCUUCGUCAGGAACCCCUUCGGAUCCACUCACUCAAAGGCCACGCUCAAAGCUGCAGCCGAACACGUGGUGCCUGGCAUUAAUGCUCCGGAGGAAGAUAUCCUCCUUGGCAAACAGUCAAUCAGAAGUCACGCGAUGGGAAAUCAGAACUCUGAGAGUGAGAUAUUGUUGGAUGGCGACGAUGACACUCUAUCAUCCUUGGAGGAGAAGGAAUUGGAGAACCUAACAGGCCCUGUAAACAUGAGCACUAGCGCUCAGCUGGUCGCCCCGGCGGUGGUGGUGAAAGGAACGCUGUCCAUCACUGCGUCUGAACUCUACUUCGAGGUGGAUGAAGAUGAGGCCAGCUUUAAGACGAUCGAUCCAAAGAUCCUAACCUACACAGAGGGCCUUCAUGGUAAAUGGCUGUUCACAGAGAUCCGGGCUGUCUUCUCCAGACGUUACUUGCUACAGAACACUGCUCUGGAGAUUUUCAUGGCCAACAGAACUGCGGUCAUGUUCAACUUCCCAGAUGCAGGCACGGUCAAGAAGGUGGUUCAAUGCCUCCCUCGCGUGGGGGUGGGCACCAACUUUGGUCUCCCACAGACCAGGCGUAUCUCCCAGGCCAGUCCCAAGCAGCUCUACAAGGCCUCCAACAUGACCCAGCGCUGGCAGCGCAGAGAGAUCUCCAACUUUGAGUACCUGAUCUUCCUCAACACCAUCUCUGGCCGUACGUACAACGACCUGAAUCAGUACCCCGUCUUCCCCUGGGUCAUCACGAACUACGACACUGAAGACCUGGACCUCACUCUGCCCAGCAACUACAGAGACCUGUCCAAGCCCAUUGGUGCCCUGAACCCCAAGAGGGCGGCGUUCUUCAACGACCGCUAUGAAUCCUGGGAGGACGACCAGGUGCCCAAGUUCCACUACGGAACCCACUACUCCACCUCCUCCUUCACCCAGAUGUGGCUGCUGCGCAUCGAACCCUUCACCACCAUGUUCCUCAACUUCCAGGGAGGGAAGUUUGACCACGCUGACCGCACCUUCUCCUCCGUGUCCCGAGCCUGGAGGAACUGCCAGAGAGACACGUCCGACGUUAAGGAGUUGACCCCAGAGUUCUACUACCUCCCUGAGAUGUUUGUAAACGCCAACAACUACAGCCUGGGGGUGAUGGAGGAUGGGACUGUGGUGUCUGACGUGGAGCUGCCGCCCUGGGCCAAGACCCCCGAGGAGUUUGUACGCAUCAACAGACUGGCUCUGGAGAGUGAGUUUGUGUCGUGCCAGCUGCACCAGUGGAUCGACCUGAUCUUUGGCUACAAGCAGCAGGGUCCUGAGGCCACCAGGUCUCUCAACGUCUUCUACUACCUGACCUAUGAAGGGACCAUCAACCUCAGCUCCAUCACCGACCCCAUGCUCAGAGAGGCUGUGGAGGCACAGAUCAGGAGUUUUGGACAGACCCCAUGUCAGCUGCUCAUCGAGCCACACCCACCAAGGAGCUCCGCCAUGCAGGUGAGCCCGUUGAUGUUCACGGAGCAGAUGCAGCAGGAUGUCAUCAUGGUGCUGAAGUUCCCCAGCAACUCUCCCGUGGCCCACGUGGCCGCCAACACCCAGCCGGGCCUCGCCACGCCCGCCAUCAUCACCGUCACCGCCAACCGCCUCUUCGCCGUCAACAAGUGGCACGGCCUGGCCGGUCAUCAAGGCUCUUCUGUGCAGGACCAGCAGUACCAACUGCCCGUGGAAAUAGACCCCCUGAUAGCCAGUAAUGUGGGGACCCACCGUCGUCAGAUCACAGACCUGUUGGACCAGAGCAUUCACAUCCACUCUCAGUGUUUCAUCAUCACCGCAGACAACCGCUUCAUCCUGCUCUGUGGCUUCUGGGACAAGAGCUUCCGCGUCUAUUCCACUGACUCAGGGAAGCUGACCCAGAUCGUGUUUGGUCACCGUGACGUGGUGACGUGUCUGGCCAGGUCUGAGUCGUACAUCGGAGGGGACUGCUACGUCCUAUCAGGCUCCAGAGACGCCACGUUACUGCUCUGGUACUGGAAUGGAAAACACAGCAGCAUCGGAGAGAACCCCGGAACUGAGUUUGUGACGCCCAGAGCCAUCCUGACGGGUCAUGACUGUGAGGUGACCUGCGCCAGUGUGUGUGCCGAGCUGGGACUGGUCAUCAGUGGCUGCAGAGAGGGCCCGUGUCUGAUCCAUUCCAUGAAUGGGGACCUGCUGCGGACCCUGGAGGGCCCGGGGGGUUGCGUGCAGCCCCGUCUCAUCCAGUCCUCUACAGAGGGCCACGCCGUAGUCUACUACGACAAGGGACACUUCUGCUUCUUCUCCAUCAAUGGAAAGCUGCUGGGACACAUGGAGGUGGAGGAGAACAUCAGGGCCAUGCUGCUGAGUCGGGACGGACAGUACCUGCUGACGGGGGGAGACGGGGGAGUUCUGUCUGUCUGGCAGGUUCACAACCUCAAACAGAUGUUCACCUACCCUGGCUGUGACGCAGGCAUCCGCUCCAUGGCCAUGUCCAACGACCAAAGGUGCAUCAUAACCGGCAUGGCGUCUGGUAGUAUAGUCCUGUUCUACAACGACUUCAACAGGUGGCACCACGAGUACCAGACCAGAUACUGAGGCAGGACCACGCAACAACAAUCCCUGAGAAUCUGGUUAACGUGGGACCUACCUACUGCAAUCCUGUCGUUCGAUGUACUAAGGCACUACUCAAUACAUAUUGAUAUCCUGAAUGUAUCUUAAGAGAAGAAAAACUGUCUGAUUCUGUCGAAAGAAGCAAACUAUUUUUAAAAAAGGGCAUUGCUAUAUUUUGUAGGGCAUAUCGAAAAUUUCAUAUAUCUUAGGGUGGGGUUAUAUACCUAUGGUUACAAAUCUAUUUUUAGCUUGUUAAGAGUCUAUUUUCAUCUCAAGCAGAGGAAAAUAAGGGUUCAAAGUGGAAGUAGGUAGAAAAGUAUAUUUGCAUCUGUCUUAAGAAUCCAUAUAUUUGUGUACUUAGGGGUGAGUGAUUAUUUUCAAUAGGUGUGAAACGUGGAGAUAUAAUCAUUAAUAUCAUUUUUUCCUUUUUUUCAUGCUCUUUUUGCUACUGUGUGGAAACACAGGGAAAUAAAAUAUGUGAAGUUUGUGUGGUGAUCGAGCAGGAAGUUCAGUAAGUCCUUUGUGUUCAUGACUUGAGAGGGAAUAUAUUCUAUUAAAUGUUUGUACCACACCUCUGUGGAAAUGGACAGAUCUUGCCUUCCUGUGCAUGAGUUGUCCUGAUGGUGGCGUACACUGCACAAAGACUUGUCACAUGUGUAUCAGACAGUCAUCAUAGUAACAAGAUGGCUACCGGUGUGAUUAGUUUGUUUGUAUCAAAGUGUUGUCAUGACGAUCAUUAGCUUUAUGUACUGUAACCAUACUGAUGAAUAAUAUGUCUGUCAGUAAAAACAAAUGUCAUGGGCUACGUCCUAAUUUUGUAAAAUGGCGUCCCUUCAUCUAAUUUCCUUCAUAUUGCUUACUUAUCACCUAUCAGAACUUUACAUGAAGGAGACGGGACGAGGAAAGGUAGCCAUGAUGUGCUUCUUUGUAUAACUUCUUGUUUGCUUUACCUCCUCUACUGAGGCAUUUGCAGUACUUAAGCAUAUACUGUAUCAUAUUAGCGAUCGACAUAGUGCCCAAACCAUGCUAGGAUCAUCAAAGUAUCUCAUCUUGGCAAAGAGUGGUGCAGCGAAAUGAGUGUGUCACAGUAAAUAUUCACGGGAUAUAUUCACCAGACCAGACAACCCCGGUCCUGGACAGCCAAAGGGUGUGCACUUUUUGGCUCAAUCCCAGCUUUAAAAUACCCGAUUCUACCUAAUUAUGGGCCUUCAGGUCCAAACUGAAUUGAAUCAGGUGUUUUGGUGCAGGGUUGGAACACCCGAUGUGGUUCCUCCAAUACAACGGCGCAUAAGGAGAAACAUUGUGUUGGUUUGAUCACGAUUACAAUGAAAUGGCUACUACUGUAUUUUCUAUGUAUCGCUCAAUAUUUUGGCAAUCAAUUUGGAAUGAGUGUUUUUGACGCGUGAUGAGUUCUGACAAAUAAAAUUGAAUUUUUUAACUUGA